AUGGCUGGACUAAGGUCUUAUUUGGCAAAGACGAUGGCUCAAAAUGGUUCGAACGCGUGUUCGAGCCCCAGGCGCGCGCAGAAAUUAGGCGGAAAACCACGAGUGCUAGUCUGUGAUGGCUUUGGGAUGCAUAGAACGCUCGAGAUAUUACAGUUAUGCCUUAGUUACAACAUUAUCUUGUGUUGUCUGUCUUAUCGCACAUCUCAUAAGCUGCAGCUAUGCGACGUCGGCCCUUUUGCACCCUUGAAGAGCGCGUAUCGUGAACAAGUCGAGCGACUCAACCAAAGAGGCGUUGACGUUGUCGGCAAAGAGCAUUUUACUUAUCUCUAUGGCCCUGCAAGAGAUCGCGCACUAACUAAAAGGAACAUUGGAGCUGAGUGGUCUACAACCGGGCUGUUCCCCUUUGAUCCAGAACGAGUGCUCGGAGAUGCCCCUAGAUAUCCAGUGGAAGUGAGUAGCAACAUACUAAAUCUGGAAACUGAAGCUAUGAGUACCAAUGUACUAGAAGUACCCGAUACACCUAUCACACCAGUAACGUCAGUGACAACAGAAGCGCUUGCGUCAUUGCGCGAUCUGACUAUUAAAGACAUACUACAUUCGAUAAAGCCAGUAGUUCUAGUAGGCAAGGCCAAGGUAAUGAGUUUUGAAGACCUUGAGGAGGCCGGAGCAAAGCGUGGUGCGAAGGAGCAAAGCUCUGGCAAGCAAGCCAAAGCGCGGACGCGGGCGCAAACGCAAGAGCAACACGCUACUACUAGUAGAAGCACCGACGGUCCCGCCCUCGCCAAGAGCCAAAGUAGUAGCGGAACGGAUCGGUGCGCCUGA